UUCAUGGGGGCAAAAGGAAGAAAAGCCUCGUUAUUACGCUAAAAAUUGUGGUAGAAGCAAAAAGGGUGACAAAUUUAUCUCCCCCAGGGCUCCAAUUCGUCUUGUGUUGUAGCGAUUUCAAUUCAAUUUCUUCAUCAACGAAAUUGGAAGGUAAUUCGAAAAUGGGAAAGCCUUCGAAGAAGAAAUUGAGAAAGGUGGAACAAAGUGACAGUGGUUCGGAUUUUGACAGCUACAUGGAAAAUCAAAUGUUACCUGAUAGUGUGAAUAAUUUCAUGGAAGAUGAUAAAGAUGAUUAUAGCGAUGAUUAUGAUAAUAACGAAAGGGAUGGGGAUAAUAACGAUGCUGAUGAUGGCCAUGGGAACCAUGAUGAGGAUACUGAUGUCGAGAGUGAGAAUGAGGGUGAUGAUGAGGAGGAGGAGGAGGAGGAGGAGGGAGGAGGGUCUGAGAAUGACAAUGACAAUGAACUGAAGGGUGCUGAGAUGGAAGAGCUUGAGAAAGAAUAUAAGAAACUUCGAAAUGAGGAGCAAGAUCUUUUAAGAAAUCUAAAGGGCCAUAAGGAUGAGGAUAUUCAAAAAGGUCAAGCAGUAAGAAACCAAAGGGCUCUUUGGGACAAAACACUCGAAUUUAGAUUCUUGCUACAAAAAGCAUUCUCUAGUUCUAACUUGGUGACAGAGAUUGCUUUUUAUGCUAUGAAAAAAUUGCAAACAAAGAAACGAAAAAUCGUCAACCGGCGUGCCUCAAAGAGUCGCAAGAUCCGGUAUCAUGUUCAUGAAAAGAUUGUCAAAUUUAUGGCACCUCGGCCCAUGAAUCUUUCUCCUGAUGCAUCUAUGAUAUUUCAAAAUUUGUUUGGCCUCAGAACCCGGAAAUCUGCUUCAGCGUUAUAGCCGACUUUCUAUGCUGCAAAACCGUGUGAGAAUAUCUAAGCUUGAAAUUUCAUUUUUGGUUCACAUGGUUAAAAUAAUGGCCAUAGAAUGUUGUUGUAUAAUUUGAUCAGCUUUCUAAGUAUUUUGACAUCUGUGGUUGAUUGGUUGAAGGUUCUCUGGUAAAAAUAUGCUGUUUGAUGGCUCUCAAUGGUUUUCGAUGCUCCUUUGUAUGGCAAUGGUCCAAUGGAUAUGGCCUCUGUAACUUAGACUAUGAGACAGGAUUUAUUAUUAUUA